AGCUCUACGAAACGUUGAACGUCAGGAAAAUUUCACUUUACAAAGUGACACAGACACACGAUAUCUCUCCGUUACUGCCUCUCGCUGGGAAAUCUCUCCGAAACAAAUUCACCUCCAAAGCAUACUGGGGACGGGGGCAUUUGGAGAGGUCUGGAAAGCUGUGGUCUACGAAAUCCAAGGACACCCUGAAGAGACUACAGUGGCCGUCAAGAAACUAAAACGUAACUGAGGCCUAAGCUAAUUACAUGUAGGCAAGGUAACUGUACUGACCACGAACAGGAAUCAUUGGCACAAGAAAUUGAAUUGGGAAAAUCUUUGAAUGGAGACAAACAUCCCAACAUCGUUAAUUUUCUGGCGUGUGUUUCCACAUGCACCCCCAUGAUGUUGGUUUUGGAAUAUGCUCCAUACGGGGAUGUGCUUGGCUACCUCCGGAAAAGCAGGGGAGUGGAAGAUCAGUUUUAUUUUUCCCCAGAGUGUUGCCAGAAGGAAGUGACUUCAUAUGAUCUGCUUAGUUUUGCACAACAGAUUGCUUCUGGGAUGAGUUUUCUGGCAUCAAAGAAAAUCCUUCAUCGUGAUCUCGCGGCAAGAAACGUUCUGUUGGGAGCAGACAGGAUUUGCAAAAUUAGCGACUUUGGACUGGCCCUGAUAAGGGAUAAAUAUCAGCAGUAUCUUUACUGCACUGCCAUCAGAAAGGGCCGCCUUCCUAUCAAAUGGACCGCUCCUGAGCAUCUUUUCAAUGUUUCUGACGCAAAAAACCUUAGAGUGUCAGAGAAAAGUGAUGUGUGGUCAUACGGCAUUGUUCUGUUUGAAAUAUUUACUUUAGGAGGCGUGCCUUACCCAGGGUGGAACGAAUGGAAAGUUGUGUAUGAACUCAAAGUGAACAAAUAUCGUAUGCCUCAACCAGAACAUGUUAGCGAGGAACUAUACCAGCUUAUGGUGGAUUGCUGGAACGAAGACCCCGACGUACGACCCACUUUCGAUCUUCUUCAUGAAGUAACGACCAGAUACUUGCAGGAAGAGCACUAUGUGGAUAUGUCAAAGUAUGAACCAAGUCUUUACGCCAAUGUGGAGGAAACGGCUACUCCUGCAGGUCCUUCUUCCUUUGAGAAUUUGACCACUGUGCUGUAGAGGAUCAAGAUUUUGACCUACAAAUACCGCAGUAGAACUGUUAGGUUCAAGAACUGCGCCGAGGGAUAGUUAAGAAAGUAGCUUGUGUUCUUAUGUGUAAAAGUUAGAUUGUAGAAAGUGCAGCAGCAAAUAAAACUGCGUGUAUUCUGUAAAUGACACUCAUGAUAGCACCUUGUAAUAUUGUAUCGCAAGAGAAUUACGUUAUUACCUAAGCAGAGUUUUCCCAAGAAAUUGUAGAAUUUUUAAUAAAGAAACAACCAUCUAAUUCUCAUUUUAGGCACACAACAGCCAUGAAAUUAGUUUCUUGUGACUAACAGAUGGCUGUCGCGCUCUGGCUUUACAAAUAGGGUUAUAUUAGGUAGUUUGAUGAGGCAUCCAUCACGUAAAGUACACUUAAUCAAAUUUUUAAUCGUAGGACAUUGUAUUAUGUAGAAAAAGUUUGUCUUAAGCUGUAGGUAAUUGACUUUCAUGCGGAAAUACGUUUAAAUUACGGAUUAAAAGUACUAAGGGGGGUUCUACCUGUGUACAGAGUGAUUGAACUCUGUGUUUUGUUUCUGUUGUAUUCAUUAAAUUGCAUUCAGUUUAAACGCUAAAGCGACGUCAAGGUUUAUUAGAGAUGAAAAUAUAUUGAAAGUACAGUGACAUUUGCAUUCAUAUUGGAGAAGCAGUGUGAUGGUAAAAGUCAGAUAAAAUGCCUCGGUACUUUUCUUUUUGUGUACGGAUUCCUUUAUUAGGAUUUUUGUUGCUCUGGAGGACGCAGCAGAUAUCAAGC